CAUGCACUGGAGGAGCGUAAACAGGUUAUUGAGAAUGCACCACAUUUGUGCCAUGCAUUGCCAUGCAUGACACCUUGUUUUGACUGGUUUGAGGUGGUGUACUACUGGAUGGGUUUGAAAUUGUACGACUUGGUUGCAGGAUCACACUUGUUACAUUUGUCCAGAUAUUAUUCUGCACAGGAAUCUGUUGAGCUCUUCCCUACUCUUGCAAGGAGGGGUAAGGACAGGAGCUUGAAGGGUACUGUUGUGUAUUAUGAUGGCCAGAUGAAUGACUCACGACUUAAUGUUGGGUUGGCAUGUACUGCUGCAUUAGCUGGUGCAACAGUGUUGAACCAUGCAGAAGUUGUUUCCUUUCUAAAGGAUGAGGUAACUCAGCGGGUCACUGGUGCACGCAUUCGGGACAAUAUAACAGGCCAAGAAUUUGAUACCUAUGCAAAGGUAAUUGUAAAUGCGGCUGGCCCAUUUUGUGACUCUGUGAGGAAAAUGGCCGAGAAAGAUGCAAAACCUAUUAUUUGUCCAAGUAGCGGAGUGCACAUUGUUCUCCCUGAUUACUAUUCUCCUGAAGGGAUGGGUCUUAUUGUUCCCAAAACUAAGGAUGGUCGCGUUGUUUUCAUGCUGCCUUGGUUGGGAAGAACUGUAGCUGGGACUACAGAUUCCAACACGACAAUCACUUUGCUCCCUGAACCGCAUGAGGAUGAGAUUCAGUUUAUACUGGAUGCUAUCAGUGAUUACCUUAAUGUUAAGGUAAGUAGUUGCAAACUAAGGACCGUUUUGCUCCUUACCAAAGUUAGUUUCAGCAUGGCAGAGGAUGCAGUCAAUGCAGCCAUCAAGUCUGGACAGUUGAGUCCAAUCAGUGGCUGUUUAACUCAUAAACUGCAACUUGUUGGCGCUGACGGAUGGGAGCCCUCCUCUUUUACAGUUCUUGCUCAGCAAUACAUGCGCAUGAAAAAAGCCCAUGGUGGUAAAGUAGUCCCUGGGGCAAUGGACACAGCUGCAGCAAAGCAUUUAUCUCAUGCAUAUGGUACAAUGGCAGAACGAGUGGCUACCAUAGCCCAGGUCAGGUUUAUCUUGCAUUUUCUUCACAAAGUUUUCUUUUUGGUAAUCUGCUAUUGUAUAAUUAUUUAUUGGCUCCAACAGUUUUGGAUUUCAAGAAAAUUCUAUGCAUUAAAUUCCAUGUUUGCAUUCUGACGUGGAAUUAUUUUUGCAAAAAAAGUUUUUCCAUGUAAUUGUAGCUAAUAAGGGAAUGCAUCCAGUUUUAAUGAGUAAGCUAUAGGUAACCAAAUAGAAAUUGGUUUCAUAGUGUUCUCUUUAGAUGUGUCUGUUUGUUCUAAAAUGCUCAAAUACCGCACAUUGCCACAUGCUUUUAUCUCACAAAUUUCCCAUCUUCAAUAACAGGUUAAGCAAAACAGUUACUAAGUUUUUCUUUUCCUUAUCCUUGACACUUUUUGGGAUAGCUUGGUUUGAUUUGCAUGUGAUACUGUGUGAAGAAUGAACAGAUUGAUCAAUCGAUUGUGCACAGACAGGGUUGAGAGAAUCUGUACAGAUGUAGGCUGGGCCACUGUUUUUCUCCUUCCUGCUCGCAACUACGGCGAGUAGUGAGGAGGCCGUGGUGCUUUCUCAGACCGAAAAAUUCCUGAUCAUAGAAAGAAAAACUGUUGAUGUUAUUUUCAAUGGAAAGAAAGCGGAAGGCAUUAGGGUGAGUGAAAAAUGGGAGGGAUUUAGGUCGACCCUCAUGUUCUGGGAGGAUGAAGACAAGUGGCUGCUGGGUACUCUGUAGGAGUUUUAUUGGAUGAGAGGAGGGGUAUUCUAGGGGCAGAAUAUGGCAGGUACACACCAUAAUCUCUGGGUGUCCAUGGGGCUCAACAACUGGGGUGAGCUUUUGAUCAUUAUAGAGAAGAAAGAGGAGGAAUCGAGACGCAUCUUCAUCCUAGAGGGCCCACAAGCCAGAGGUUGGUGAAGGGUUAUGGUUUUGCUAUUUGAAAUGGUGGGAAGGAAGUUCAAGGCACUGGCCAACCAAAGGUGCUGAAACCGAGCACCCAGAAUGAGGAGCAUUGUCCGAGGUGGUCCACAACACACCACUUCUAGCAUGCUGGAUGCCCGAGCUUUAAGGUGGAGCUGAUCAUGAGUUUGGAGAUUAGGUGAGAGAAGAGCUUUGUUGCAGUGGUGGAGGGGAAGAGAGAGGGGAGUCAAGUAGGGAAGAAUCUUGAUUUCAAGAUGGGUCUAGAGAAAUUUAAAUUUCCCAAAAAGCAAAGAAGUUGUGUCGUUUUGGGGGAGAUAGGGCCCUGAAUGGGCCUUGGCUUAAAGAGCCCAACAAUGAGAUGAAGGCUGAUAAGAGGCUGAAAUUUGGCUAGACCGAGAAAGAAAAAUGGAUAAAACAGAGUCAGAUUGGGGGUACCUGAUUUGAGUAUCAGGAGAAGGCGAUGAACCAGGGACAGUGAGAGGUGGGGGCAGUGAUGGCAGAUUUUGAUGAUGAGGAAGGCAACAGAAAAAGGGAGGAGUGUAGUAGAAUGGGAAAGGAAGAAGAAACAUGGGAAGAAAUGACACUAGAAGUAGAAGAGGAGGUUGUGCACGAACCUGCUGAGAAGGCUAGGGGGGCCUCUGUUUUGCUGCUAGCGGUGGUUCCAACAAUGAGAACUUGUGCUUAUGGGAGUCUGGGGUUAGAGAGAUGAUUGA